GCAAACACUUUUCAAAAACAGUGCGCGGAGGGUUCAGUUUCCAUGAUGGCUGAGGAUUUGAAUCGUUUGACUUAGCUGAACAAGUUUCGCGUCCACCAUGACGCUGCUGAAUUAUGUUUUUAAUGGCAGAAAGUAUGUUUUUUAGCUGCUGUAAAUAAAGUUGUAGCUACAAAGUCCUCGUCCUGCUUGAACUGUCGACAUGAAGUGUUUGAAGGCGGACGAGUACAUCAAGCUGACCGCGUCAGUGAAGGAGACGGAGCUUUUACUUCAAGACUUGGAGAGUUAUGUAAAGAGUCGACCAGGCCUUCAGGGUCGCACACUGUGUGACAGGGUCAUCAGAGCCUGUAACCAUCAUCUCGGAGCCGGAUCCCCUGACUUUGACCAUGUCAGUCAAUUGGUUCGGCUGGUGGAGCUUUCCCUACGUGGCUAUGAUAUUUCUACAGCACUUGUUGCUCAGAGCAGUCCUCUCUACAUGGAAAAGAUUGUUUUCCAUAUUGUCAAGAAGCUAAGCUCCUUAGAAGCUCACAGCCUAUGCAGCCAUGUAGCUGGGUUGCUAUACAGCAGGCUAACCCCAGUCCAACAGGCUGAGGACUACUGUGUCCUUGUGAGGAGCUGCUUCUCAGUGCUCUGGAACGGACUUUCUGCCAUGAAAGACGGGAAAAUCUUGAUUCCCCGUGACAAACUUCACUGCCAGUUGCAAGCUCUGAGCUUCCUCCUGUUGUUGGACACAGAAAGUGCAACUCCCUCAGUCUCCAAAGCUCCCAUAUACGCAGAGGAUGCCAUCACUGAAUUUGAGAGUAGCUGUGGAGUGAUAAGCAAGGACGAUGCUUCUUUUCUCAUCCAGGAAAUGCAAAUGCUUUUCAACAAAUGCUGGAUGGGACUUCAGCGUAGUGAAGGAGAGGGUUCUAAGCAGUCUGCUGUGACAUCAAGCUUAUAUGUGCUUUCUGAAAUUGUGCUGAUUGUAGUGAAGGUAUUCUGUAAGGCCAGCCACUAUGAUCAGGCCUCCACCUUUGUGAAUGAAUUUGAGAGCAGGUUCAGAAACUGUGCUGACCGUCAGUGUACAGCUGUGGUGCUUGGAAAAUGGGCAAUAAUAAUUCAUACUACAAUGAAGGCUGGUGGGGAGAGCGGCCAGGCUUUGACAGAGUGUGCCAGGGCAGUGAGGUCUCUUUCAGCUGACCUGGGUGAGCGAGAAGCUCACGCAGUUCUCGAAGGUUGCGGACUGGUUGUGUGGGCUGUCGAGAGUGGCUACAGCAAGGGAUUGAGCGCAUCCGUGCUGCUGUCUUGGUUUUCUUUUCUUGAGGAACACCAAGAACACAUUUUAAAGAUGCUAAAGAAGGCUUCUCUGUGCCAGGCUGAAGGCAGCAGACUGCAACAGGCCCUUUGCUUUAGUAUUUACCAAGGCUUCGUGUUUGCUUAUGAAAGCAUGCUGGCAUCACAGCUGGAGGACAGUGACACACUGGACAGAGUACUGCUGUACUGCCAGGCCACAGCUGGACUGAUGAUGACUGAACUGCAUAAACUGUCAAGUGAAAACCUUCUCAUCAAAGCAGUGGUUGCUGUGAGCAACUUGGCUUGUGGAUUGUACAAUCGGCGUCUCUACGACCAAGCCUUCACGCUAGUUGAGAUCCUCUGCAGGGAUCUGUGCAAGAAUUGCCCCAUCUCGCUCUCUGUCGAUAGGCUGAGCCGACCCUUCAUGCUGGCCGUGCAGACGUCUCGGAGGGCCGGUCAUCUGGAGCGGGCACUGGAUUGGGUGAUCCUGUGGCUUAAGGCUCUGGGGGACAAAAUCACCACUCAUUUGGCCGAACCGGUCUCUCUGUGGGUGAAAACCAAGACUGACGCAGCUCGCAACUCUGAGGAGGACAUUCGUCUCAGGACUUUACGAGAUGGUUUUGGUCCUGAUGUCCCUAAUGAGCAAGUCAUGCUUCACCUUUUGGAGGAAGAACUCCGUGCCUAUAAGGAGGUGACAGGAGACACGGCCCAGGAGCGUUACAACACUCUGUGUGAUCUGUUGGACAUCUGCCAUGAAGAGAGCUCCCACACACAUCUACGUGCUGUCUACCUUUGUGAGAUGGCCCAGGUUGUGUGUUACCAGGAUUUCAGUGAGCAGACUGACUGCGCGGCAGUUGAUUUUACCCAUGAAGCUUUACGACUGCUUGAAGAAGAACCAGAGACUCCAGAGAAUGCUGAUAGGCUGAAGGAUGACAAGGCUCAUGCUUUACUUUGGCUCUAUAUCUGCACUCUCGAGAAGAAUCUUCAGGAGGCAAUUGACAAAGACAAAAAACAUCGAGAGUUGCGCGAUCAGACACACUCUGUGGCCAAUCCAAUAGGAACCAAUGAUGUGGAUUAUGAAGACAAGCAGACAACACAAGACAGCAUCCUGGUCUAUGAAGGCCUGCAUUUCAACCUGGCUUCAGAAAACAAGUUGUGUAAGCCAUUGGAAAAAGCACUGGAUGAGUGGUCCGCUCUUCUACAGAGUGGAGUCCUGCCUUCUGUCAGAAACCCCAAACAAACCUGUAGCUCCAUUGCUGUAACAGCUGCUCUCUUCAAACUUAUGGGAAAGCCUCUGAAGGCUUUGGAAGCUUACCAACUUGCAAUUGGACUUUCACGUCAACUUGCUGAUGCCCACAGAUCUGCCAGCUCCCUCUGUCAAUCAGCCACUAUCCUGCUGGACAUGGGCACAGCUGAGCUGGCUUUGUCCCAGCUAGAGCAAGCAGAGAAGUUUCUCACCUCAGAUUCCACUGCUGAGGGACCUUCUUCUCUCUCUAUGUUGGCCACUCUGCUUAAAGCUCAGUACUGCUACAGCACAGGGCAGGUGGAUCGUGGGCUGCCAUACCUGUGUGAGGUGCUUAAAGAAGUGAAUGAGCAGAGGCAGUCAAAGAGCUGGUACUUGUUGCGUGCUCGGACCCUCCAGACCUGCAGCUGCUAUCUCAGUUUAGACACAACUGCACUACCGCAAGCUCAGCGAGGCCAAAUCACACAGCACGGUCUAAACAGCCCAGACACCGCCCUGUAUGAAAGUCUGAAGCUUCUCUGCAGCCUGUUGGUGACUUUAGUGGGGAAGGGCCUAUAUGGGACUAGCGGCAGCAGCUCAGAGGUGCGCUUCAUCGACCAAGGAGAUAACCUGGUGCUGAAGUGGCAGCUUCUCUCAGAGCUGUUAAACUGCUCAAUGAAGAUGGUGACUGUGAGGAGCAGCUCUGGGGCCAUCAAUGAUGCCAGGCUCCAGUGCCUCGAAGCUCUCAAACUGGCCAUCAAGUUGCAAGCACCAAGCCAGUGUGCUGAGCUGUUGGUGAUGAAAGCUGAGUUGGAGCUGUUGCAAGGGGAGAGGGAGGAAAGUGGAAUGGAUUUAGACAAAGUCAGAUUCCUUCUUGAGUUUUGCACAGAUUAUUCUGAUCAGGUGCAGAAGGCAGAGGUGAAAAUCAAACCUCGGAAAGGUCGCCCAGCUCAGAAAUCUCAGUCUCCACUUCCCAGCAUAGAAGAUGAUUUUCAGAGCAUCCUGAGCACUAAGUGGAUUGCCAAAGAACCGGUAGUAAGAGAUCUGGCCAGCUCUCCACCUCUCAAAGCUCAGCCACGCCGGUGGCUCUCCUCCCUGGAGCAUGGCUCAGACUGCCAGUGCCCCUGCUGCUCUGAGCCCUGCCUGGGUCGUGCCACUGCCCGCUGGGCGGCUGCACAGGCUGAUCUGGUUCUCCAGCUGGAUCCCAACAACGCUAAAGUCAGUUUGAAACUUCAGUCUGCAACAUUAAGCCGCUGUAAGAGUGUUUCUGCCAAACUUGGGGCAAAAUUGGCUAAACUCUUCCCCCUGUGUGGGCCUGUCAAAGGCUUUUGUAAACCUUCCCUGAUGCAGGACGUGGUGGGCCGUGUGUACCUGCGCAUGGCCCUGUCUGGGCUGGAACCAAGGCACAACAAGGCCUGUGGUAUUUGGAAAGUACUGGAGGCUGGCUUAGCAUUUGUUGACUCCACCUCCUCCCCUGUGCUAAGACCUGUGAGAGCAGGUCUAAUGGCAACCAAAGCUAUAGUGUCACUAAUUACCUUGGCUGCCAAAAAGGGCUGCACACCAGAGGAGCUCUUCUCAAAUGCUUGGACAUGGAAUCCACCAAAAUUGGAUAAAGAGCUGAAAUCUGACCAGAAAAUUGUGCCUCCCUCAUCUUUGCUCAAGAAGUCCAAGGAGUCCAUUAAAAACACUGAUAUUGCUGACAAAACAAAGGAGGCAAAGAAAGUCAGGGUUGUCAAGCCCAAGAUCCAAGUGACAAGUUCUUCAACCAAAGCAAAGGGACUGGUUCCAAUGACACCGGUGACUGUCAAGUCGAAACCCUCUGGGGAUCAGGGCUCUUUUGAUUUUAACACAGUGGUACCUACUUUAAGCUUUACUCCUGUUCAGAAGGUGAGAGCCCCUGCUUCAGUGCAGAGAGCAUCGAGGACUGCUUCUAAGCUCCAGUUUCAGGUGUAUGAAGAGUUGUCACAAGCUGAAGGCAAAGGCCGACCUGUUCCUGCUGCCCCCAGACGUGCAAAGAAAUCGCACUUCAAGGUGGAGUUUAGCGAUGAGAGUGACACAGAAGCCAACAUCCAAACGGAGCCCAAAGAAAAAAAAGAAAUCCCUAAAAAGCAAACCACCACAAGAAGAGCUGCCCAAAACAGCAAGACGGCUCCAGAUCCAACUGCAGAGAAGGUCCAACCAAAGAGGCAGGCCAAGGGUAAGAAGAGCACUGCAGUGCCUCGGGCCACCUCCUCUGAGGAUGAUGAGGCCUUGGUCCGUCAGGCUGCCUCGACAAGAAGAGGAAGAACCAGAAGGGAGCUAUCAAGGGCAGAGGCAGAUUCAGUGGAGGAGCCGGACAAAAUGAGGACCAUUGAGGAGGAAAACACAGAAGUUCUGGACAUUAGCAUUGAGCAGCUGAGGACAUCAGACACAGAGACCGAAGAUAAUCCUACUUCAAGUAAAGAUAUUGAUUUUGAGGUGUUGCGGAGGGAUAUGUGUUGUGAUUUUGAGAGAGACGACUUGUCCGAACUGAGGAGCAGAGGUCAUCUGAGAGGUCCACCAGCCCACCUGUCUCAUUCAGACACCAGGCCAGACAAUCUUUCUUUGGAAGAUAUUCAGUCUUUGCUUCACUCAGCCUUGUUGACCCUUCAGCACUUCCCCUCGCCUUCCAUCUACACGACACUAUGUGCUCUUCUGGCUUUGACCAUGGGACAGCAGGAUCCCAUAACAACAGCAAUGCUACACUCUCAGUCCUUGGGCGUCACAAGUCGUCAUCGCACAAUCAGGCAUUUAGCCAGCAGUCUAAGAAAGUUGAAAAAGGCGUCCAGUGAGCUCGCAGACAAGAUGGAUGCUCUGACUCUAGAUGAUCCCAGUCCGAGUCAGUCCAAGAACUCUACCGAACAGAUGUUGACACAGUUGGAGAACAUCUUCUCCUUUCCAACUGCUGACUCUGCUACUUUCCCCAAGAGCCACUGUCAAGAGUUUAUGCAACAAAUUCAGCACCUUCCCUCAGGGGUGACUGUGUGUGUGAUAUCUAUGCUCGGGGUAAAACCCGGUGAGAUUGGUGACAGCAUCAUAAUGUCACGUCUUGAGAAGGGAUCUGUGCCAGUCACUGUUCACAUCCCCACCUCGAAACAGCAGCACCCCAUGAGUUGGCUGGUGCAGGAGAUGGACAGUAUACAGGUGGAACAGAAGGUUGUGAGCUGUGUGUCUGAGAAAGCCAAGUGGUGGGAGGGCCGCAGGGCGCUCGACUCUCGAGUUGAGCGGCUGUUGAAGGAGAUGGAGGGAUUGCUGGGAUGCUGGAGAAGCUUUCUUCUCCCACUUUCUUCGGAUCCUGAGGUCUCUAAUCAGGCUCAACACCUUUGCAAGUCCUUGUCUGCUAAGGGAGUGACAAUCAAUGAAGAGAUGUUGAUGGCUGUGCUGUCUGCCUCUCCUGUGCUCUCCCAAGAAGACCUUAAAAGAUUCGCUCUGGGAGUCUCUCCACAGUGGGACAUGGAGUGUGACCAGCUUCUUCAUGCAGCCGUGUCCCGGCUCACUGACAGAGAAGAGCCCAGCGGUCAUGUGGUCCUUAUCCUGGACAAGUACCUUCAGAAGCUGCCAUGGGAGAGUAUCUCCAUCUUAAGCUCUCGCUCUGUCAGCCGAAUGCCGUCGCUGCACUCACUAAUUGGACUGAGCGUUCAAAAAGAGACCGAACCUCAGUCCAUCCUGAAGCAAGGUGUGGAUACAAAGCAGGUGUUUUAUGUGCUGGACCCUGAUGCCAAUUUAGGAAACUCUCGAGAGCGAUUCAAGGAAUGGUUCAGCAGUAAACUGGAUUGGGAGGGCGUGUGUGGCACUGCGCCUGACUCGGGUCAGCUGGAAGAAGCUGUUGCGACCAAAGAUCUAUACAUUUACGUGGGUCAUGGUGCAGGUGCACGAUUCUUGGACAGCCAGGCAGUUCUAAAGCGGCAGAUGAGAGCAGGCUCUCUGCUUUUUGGGUGCAGCAGUGCUGCUCUGGCAGUUCGCGGGGAUCAGGAAGGACAAGGCAUCAUCCUCAACUACCUCAUAGCAGGCUGCCCCUUUGUUUUGGGGAACCUGUGGGAUGUGACAGAUCGGGAUAUUGAUCGCUUCACUAAAGCCUUGUUGGAGUCCUGGUUAUCUGCUGGGUCUGGUGCUCCCCUCUUGGAUUAUAUGGGCCCGUCACGUCAGGCCACACACCUGAAACACCUCAUAGGAGCUGCACCUGUAGUCUAUGGCUUACCAGUCCACCUGCAGUAGUUGGGCUGAUGCGCCUAAGCUCCUCCUUGAACAAUCUAUGCAGUAUCUAUUAUUGCUUCAGCAAACAAGCUGAAGGACAUGACUUUAACUUGACGUUUACUCUGUGUUUUAGCAAGAUAUACUGCGUUUCUUUAAUUUAAACCAAUGCUUUCAUUUUUUUAUACCUAUAGUACUAACUAUAGUGUAAAUGAUUUUAAAUAUCUUGCUAUUUUUUUAAUUAAGAUUUUAAAUUGAUUUUUAAUGUGUUGAUUGGACAACAAUUUAUGAAUAAAUGUGUUUGUGCAUACA